AAAUAAUGGAAAAACAGCUUCAAAUUGGCGCCGCGCGGGGAUGAUCACAUACUGAUACACAAAAGUAGAAGAUGAAGAGAGUUGUGUGGGGUGAACCGAAGGGGAGAGAGGAUCACUAUAAAUUUUGGAAUCUGCAGCUUCAUCGGGUCCUACUGUGAUUGAAAUGAGAGCACGUUGCACAAACUGACUGUGACGAAAAACGCGACCCUGCAUCCGAGCCUGAAGUUGGAGAAUAUCUUGUGCAUGUUUUUACGAUGUAUCAUAUUUGAAUUUAUCUGGCUGCACUGGCUGCGAAUAGUAGUCGGGUAGCUAUAAUAGAUAGAAGCUCACUAGGACUAGACCACAAGCUCACUACAGAGGUACUGUUCUCCCGUUGAAAAGAGUUAACAGGGUCUUCGAGGAGAAGUCGUGUCGCUCGUACAAGAAGAGGCAAGUUUCACAACAUGAACAUGUCCGUCGGCGAGGAAGUAAUGGUUGGAUCGGGAUCUGGAGAUGCACUGGCCAUCUCCGCCAUUCCGUCGGAGACGUACAAAACGCACCCUGCCGGUGAGGGCGACAGUAAGGAGUGCGACUGGGCUUUGAACGGGUUUCUCAUCCCGCACUCCGUCGCAAUAUCUUGUGUAAAAACUUACCGCCCACCCCAGACUUGUCAUGCGUUUUUGCAUGAUGCCGGUAGUGCCCAGAACACUUCUCAUGCGGCUUCGCAUGGGAGGGGGAGGCGUUGUCUAUUCACCUUCUGGAAUUCCUCACACGCUAAUGUUAUUGUUGAUUUGUCGUGUAGCAUCAUGUCUCUCGUCUUGACUAUGGGGUUAUGUUACGUUUUUCAACAGGAUACGUAAGGAUGGCUACCUACGACCUGCUUGCCGCUGUCAAGGCCCUUGAGGCAAAGGGCGUUUCUGGCGAGAGUGCGACCCUGCUGAAGGACUGGUACAAGAACUAUUACCUGUACGGAGAAGAAAUAAAGCCAGCACAAACACUAUCACUACAUUAGAUUUUGCAUGAUGAUGCAUGGAUGUACCAUUGAGUUCAUCGAGGAUUCUGCCCGGAUUCCGGACAGAUCGAAGCUAAGAUCACGCAUAAUUUUUUACGCCUGUGAGUCACACACUUUCGUGCUCCAGAAGAAACAGUAGUGGACUUCCUUGAGUUGUCAUGUUCGUAUGGACUCAUACAGACAUACUUUCGUCUACAGACAAGCAAAGUGACGACGUGAUGGUGGUGGAUUUUUCUCGUCUGGAUAGCUGCUGCUUCGUGCACCACCACCACCGCAACGAAGAGACGAUCUACUUUCCCUGGCUUUCCGGCGUUUUGAAGGAGAAGGGGAUUACCUCUCUGCCACCGCUAUUCCGUGUAAAAACGCUAACGCGGUUUAUGACCGCUCUGUAGUGAAGAUGUUGGUCGCGCCCGUGCAAAAGAGAGUGCGUCAGUCUCUGACGCGUUCGCUUACGAAAGACAGUUUUUUAUUAUAUGUUUUUGUUUUGAGUUCUUCGUCUUUUUGAAAAUAAAAGAUGAAGAACUCAAAAAGAAUUUUUCUACUUCGUCAUCUUCUGCUUUUUGCUGUGCCCGAAGGAACCACGAUGGAUAGGAAUACCUAAGUAAUCUUGAAAGAUUCUGGGUCCGAACCUUCUGUCGCGGGAAAUUUGCAGUACUGCAAAAGCUGCAGCUGCUUCUGGAUUUCUAUAGCAGAGCUGACAUCUUGACUACAGGGCGAGUCACUGUGUGCCAUGGGGAUACUUGCGCAUCUCCGAGCAGCAUGA